AUGGCUUCAAGUACAGCAGAAAAUGAAAUAGCCCAUGAAUUCCUUCCCGCCUUCCGAAUCUACAAAGAUGGUCGGGUUGAAAAAUUCAUGGGCAAAGACGUCGUCCCCGCAUCAGUAGAUCCUAACACCGGCGUUCAAUCCAAAGACGUCGAAAUCGCACCGGAAAUCGGCGUAUCUGCUCGGCUUUACAUCCCCAAAAACGUCAACCUCCGCCACAAACGUCCACUACUGGUUUACUUUCACGGCAAAGCAAACGUCGUCUUAGUGUCAGUUGGUUACAGACUAGCCCUUCUUCUCCCUAAUACUUAUGAAGAUGUAUGGGUCGCCGUCAAGUGGGUUGCUUCCCAACUCAAAGGGGACGGCCAGGAGCCAUGGUUAAAAGUAUACGUUGACUUUGAAUCUGUAUUUUUCGGAGGAGAUAGUUCAGGAGAGGGUACUCAGUCUUAUGAUUCUUCAGCGGCCAGAUCUUCCUAA